UUCUGGCCAAUAGUAGUGCCGCAAAGGCGCGAGUGGGAAAGAAGUAGCUGCGGGGAGGACCGGAGUGAGAACUGGCCGACAGCGUGAGUGCCGUGGCAACGGCCAAUGGGACUGGAGUGCGGAAGAAACCAUGAAGCUGAACAUAGAUGGCUUGCUUGUUUAUUUCCCCUAUGACUACAUCUACCCCGAACAGUAUUCAUACAUGUUGGAGCUCAAGAGGACACUGGAUGCCAAGGGCCAUGGUGUGCUGGAGAUGCCCUCGGGCACUGGGAAAACCAUCUCCCUCUUGUCUCUCAUCGUGGCCUAUCAGCGCGCAUACCCCCUGGAGGUCACAAAGCUAAUCUAUUGCUCCAGAACGGUGCCAGAGAUUGAGAAGGUCAUUGAGGAACUGCGCAAACUUCUGGAUUUCCACGAGAAGCAGACGGGAGAGAAACUGCCCUUCCUGGGCCUGGCGCUGAGCUCCAGGAAGAACCUCUGCAUCCACCCGGAGGUGAGCACCUUUCGUUUUGGGAAGGAGGUGGACGGGAAGUGCUUCAGCCUGACUGCCUCAUACGUGCGCGCACAGCACCAGCAGGAUAGCAGCGUUCCCUCCUGCCGCUUCUUUGAGGAAUUUGAUGCUCACGGCCGGCAGGUGCCCCUUCCGUACGGCGUGUACAACCUCGAUGACUUGAAGGCCUACGGCCGGCAGAAGGGAUGGUGCCCCUAUUUCCUUGCCCGAUACUCGAUCCUUCAUGCAAAUAUUGUGGUGUACAGCUACCAUUACCUCCUGGACCCCAAGAUCGCUGACUUGGUCUCCAAGGAGCUGGCCAAGAAAUCUGUGGUCGUCUUUGAUGAGGCGCACAAUAUCGACAAUGUCUGCAUUGAUUCUAUGGGAGUCAACAUUACACGCAAGACAUUGGAUCGCUGCCAGGGGAACGUGGCCACCCUGCAAGUCGCCAUCCAGAAGAUCAAGGAGACGGAUGCUCAGAAGCUGAAGGAGGAGUACAGGCGCCUGGUGGAAGGCCUGAGGGAAGCCAAUGUGGCCCGGGAGACUGAUGUCUACUUGGCCAACCCAGUAUUGCCGGAUGAGAUUCUGCAAGAGUCUGUGCCAGGCAACAUCCGGACUGCAGAACACUUUGUGGGCUUCAUGAAACGCUUCCUUGAGUAUCUGAAGUCUCGCCUACGGGUCCAUCAUGUGGUCCAGGAGAGCCCCCCGUCAUUCUUGAAGGAUGUCUUUGAGAAGGUGUGCAUUGAACGCAAGCCCCUCCGGUUCUGCGCUGAACGACUCCGCUCUCUUCUUCGCACGCUGGAGAUUGCGGACAUCUCUGAUUUCUCCCCCAUCACGCUCAUCUCCAACUUUGCCACCUUGGUCAGCACUUACUCCAAGGGUUUUACCAUCAUCAUCGAGCCCUUUGACGACCGGACUCCCACCAUUGUCAACCCCAUCCUACACUUCAGCUGCAUGGAUGCCUCCAUUGCUAUCAAGCCCGUCUUUGAACGGUUCCAGUCGGUCAUUAUCACCUCGGGAACCCUUUCGCCGCUCGAUAUCUACCCCAAGAUCCUGGACUUCAGGCCUGUCACCAUGGCCACCUUCACCAUGACCCUUGCCAGGACCUGUCUGUGUCCCAUGAUUGUAGGGCGAGGGAAUGACCAGGUGGCCAUCAGCUCCAAGUUUGAAACGCGCGAAGACAUUGCUGUCAUCCGGAACUAUGGCAACCUGCUGCUGGAGAUGUCGGCCAUCGUCCCUGACGGCAUUGUGGCCUUCUUCACCAGCUACCAGUACAUGGAGAACAUCGUGGCCUCGUGGUAUGAGCAGGGGAUCCUGGAGAACAUCCAGCGCAACAAGCUGAUCUUUAUCGAGACCCAAGAUGGAGCGGAAACCAGCAUGGCUCUGGAGAAGUACCAGGAGGCCUGCGAGAACGGCCGGGGAGCCAUUCUGCUGUCCGUGGCCCGAGGAAAGGUGUCCGAGGGGAUCGACUUUGUUCACCACUACGGGCGAGCCGUCCUCAUGUUUGGGGUGCCCUACGUCUACACCCAGAGCCGGAUCCUGAAGGCCCGCUUAGAGUACCUAAGGGACCAGUUCCAAAUCCGGGAGAACGACUUCCUCACUUUCGACGCCAUGCGGCAUGCAGCGCAGUGCGUGGGCCGGGCCAUCCGCGGCAAGACGGACUAUGGCCUCAUGGUCUUUGCGGACAAGCGCUUUGCCCGGGCCGACAAGCGGGGCAAGCUCCCACGCUGGAUCCAGGAGCACAUCACCGACGCCAACCUCAACCUGACGCUGGACGAGGCCGUCCAGGUGGCCAAGUACUUCCUGCGGCAGAUGGCCCAGCCUUUCCGCAAGGAGGACCAGCUGGGCCUCUCCCUGCUGACCUUUGAGCAGCUGCAGUCGGAGGAGACGCUGCGCAAGGUGCAGGAGAUUGCGCACCAGGUGUGAGGCUCCACAGCGGCCGCCACCGAGGGGGCCAAGGCUGGAACUCACACACACACACACACACACCCCAGCCUGCUGCUUCCCCAGGCCCCAGGCAGAGGCAGAGGCAGAGGCUGGCUUUUGUCCUGCGCCGCAGAGGACGAGUCUUCCAGGGCCAGCCGGAGUCUGGCUUUCGGACCCAGGACUGGCAUUCAAUAAAGCAUUGGGUUUUGUAA